UGCUUUACGGUGUUGGUACAGGGAUGCACCAUGAAACUACAACUCCCAGGAUUUCAUAGUACUGAGCCAUGGCAGUUCAAGUGGUGCCAAACUGCAUUCCUUUUACAUUAUCGAUAUGCACAUUGCUUAUCAAAAUGACUUUUCUGGGACUUUUCUUGCAUUUGGGAUCCUGCCACAGUGGAGCUUUCUAAUUAGGGAUCUUUUGCAAGUCAUCCUGCAAAUGCUUCUCUGCUUUGAUUCCUUCAGGGUUAAAACAAGGAAGAUCUCAUAUUCCUAGAGCAGAAAGAAAGAGAUAGACUAGGGAGAAAGAUGUCCUGUUUGCUCCUCCUCCUGGAAACUGCAAAGCUUCCACAUGAAAGUCCCUUUGCUUUGCAGCAGGCUGCAGGGAAGGAGCUGGCAGAUAGUAAAAUGGCCCAGUGUGGCUCUCGAAGGCCAUUGACUCUUCACUCCAGAGUGGAAACAGCUGUCCAAAAGCCAGCGCAGAACCCAGUGACCUUUGAGGAUGUGGCUGUGUAUUUCACAGAUGAGGAGUGGGCUCUGCUGGAUCCGAGUCAAAAAAAGCUUUAUAGGAACGCGAUGUUCGACAAUUACGAGACAGUGACUUCUCUGGAGCGACUACUGAGCUUUAAGCCGGUUCUCAUCUCCUGGCUGGAAGAAGACAGAGACAAAGAAAAGCUUAUCCAGAGCUCAGCAGAAAAGGAGAGGUUUACAGGUGAUGGGAUAGUGAGUAGCAUCAAAUGGGAGGAUUAUUUUCAUUUGGAAGAUUCCACGUCAGAAGAAGAAGAAGCAGAAGAGGAAAAGGAAGACAUGGAUUUCCUUCUACAGAAAUGCCAAGAGAAUAUUUCUCCCCAAAAUGAUUGCAAUGAGAUGGACGAAGGCAGUUCCGAACUCCGUAAAGACCAUUCCUGCAACGCGCAAAGCCACUCCUUGCUCAAGAUGGAGCCACGCUCGCUUCUCCUCCUGCUGAAAGCCUACCUCCGCGCCCUGCUCUCCGUGCUCCGAUCCACCCUUAGCCUCUGCAAUGCCUAUUUGUUGAGCAUCAGCCGGCAGCAGAGGCGGAGAAAACACAUCUCCCUGGCUUUCCAGGAACACUUUUUGCGCGUCCACACAGUGAGCCGUGUGCUGCAUCGGAGGCGGACUAGAAACAGAGCCGCGCUUGUGGCACUGCUGGAUAACCAGCCUCUGCCCCGGCGCUGGUGGGUCUCCCCGUCCACCAAUCCCAACUGGUGGGAGGUCUUUGUGCGCGAAACCUACGACGACGCCAGGUGGAUCGAGCAUUUCCGCAUGAGUCGGAGCACCCUCUUUGAAAUCGCCGAGGUGCUGCGGCCCAAGCUGGAGAGACAGCGGACCAUCAUGAGAGAGGCCAUCGCCGUGGAGAAGCGCGUGGCGAUCGCGGUGUGGUAUCUUUCGAACCGGGAACGCUACCGGGAGGCUGCCAUUCAGUUCGGAAUCGGGAGGACCACCGUGGGAGAGAUCGUUCUGGAGGUUUGCUUUGCCAUUGAGCUGCUCCUCGUUCCACACGUGAUCUGCUUAGGGGAUCACCAAAAGAUUAUGGAGGGUUUCCAUAGUAUGGGCUUUCCUCAUUGCAUUGGCACCAUGGGCAGGAUCCAUGUGCCGAUUGUUGUUUUUACGAGCCACGCAGACAAGCCCGUCAGUCGCAUGAAGCUCCACACCUUCCUCCUCCAAGGAACCACGGACCACACUGGCCGAUUUAUUAACGUUGAAGUAAAGAGGAACAGGAAGAACAUCUUCCGCAACUCUGCAAUAUGCCAGGCCAUGGAUAAGGGCACUUUUGUCCCUGGCAACCCAAGAGUCACCAUGGGGGACGUACAGGUCCCACCAUUGAUCUUGGCGGACGGUUCGUAUCCUCUGCGGAAAUGGCUGAUGACGCCUUAUGAAGGCCAGACCGACCAGAGGCAGAGCGCAUACAAUGCUACUUUCAGUGCCUGUCAUAAUGUUGUAGAACAGGCCAUUUGCAGGUUGAGAAGGCGGUGGCAGUGCCUCACUGGAAGGCUCCCGGUGUCAUUGGAGAAUGCCGAGGUGAUGAUCACCGCCUGCGUUGCGCUCCACAAUAUCUGUGAGAGCAAAGGACAUGUGCUGCAGGAAGGACUGACCAUUCCCUACGAUGUCUUCUCACCUGAGAAGGAGCCCUAUCCGGACAACAAGAGGGACAAGGAAGACGGAGAGGUGGUGAGGAACGCCAUCGCAGAUUUCUUGGCUGAUCAAAGCAGCAGUUGAUUUGGGGAGAUUUUUUUUUUUUCCGUUUCAGGAGCAACUUGAGUUGCUUCUGGAGUGAGAGAAUUGGCUGUCUGCAAGGAUGUUGCCUGGGGGACGCCUGGAUGUUUUGAUGUUUUUAUCAUCCUUGUGGGAAGCUUCUCUCAUGUCUCCGCAUGGAGCUGGAGCUGAUAGAGGGAGCUCAUCCACGCUCUCCCUGGGUGAGAUUCGAACCUGGCACUUUUCAGGUCAGCAACCCAACCUUCAAGUCACAAGGCUUUAGUCCACUAUGCCACCAGGGGCUCCUAUUUGGGGAGAUAAGUGGAAUAUAAAUUGGGUGGUUGGCUGGCUGCAACUCUUACCAUAAUUCUUAUUUGCAUAUAUACAUAGGUGGGGUUGUUUUCCAUUAAAGGUUUUGGAUGUAACCUACAUGUGUUUUGUUACCUACUAAAGGAACCCAAAAGGUCCCAGGUUCAAAUCCCGGGAGCGGAAUGAGCGCCCGCUGUUAGCCCCAGCUGCUGCCAACCUAGCAGUUCGAAAACAUGCAAAUGUGAGUAGAUCAAUAGGUACCGCUCCGGUGGGAAGAUAACAGUGCUCCAUGUAGUCAUGCCAGCCACAUGACCUUGGAGGUGUCUACGGACAACGCCGGCUCUUCAGCUUAGAAAUGGAGAUGAGCACCAACCCCCAGAGUCGGUCACAACUGGACUUAACAUCAGGGGAAAACCUUUGCCCUUUACCUUUAAGGAAGAUCUAGGAGCCCCGGUGGCGAAGUGUGUUAAAGCACUGAGCUGCUGAAAUUGCAGACCGAAAGGUCCCAGGUUCAAAUUUCGGGAGCGGAGUGAGUGCCCGUUGUUAGCUCCAGCUUCUGCCAACCUAGCAGUUCAAAAACAUGCCAAUGUGAGUAGAUCAAUAGGUACCGCUCUAGCGGGAAGGUAACAGCGCUCCAUGCAGUCAUACCGGCCACAUGACCUUGGAGGUGUCUACGGACAACGCUGGCUCUUCGGCUUAGAAAUGGAGAUGAGCACCAACCCCCAGAGUCAGACAUGACUGGACUUAACGUCAGGGGAAACCUUUACCUUUAAAGGAACAUCUAACACUGAAGCCUAAUUGAUUUGUUCCUGUAAUGCAGAAAUGGCAAGUAUUGAUUGGGAAGUUACGUAAAGGUAAAGGUUUUCCCCUGACGUUAAUCUACUUGUGUCCGACUCUGGGGGUUGGUUUAUUGUGUAUUCGUUCAGUCGCUUCUGACUCUUCAUGACCUCAUGGACCAGCCCACGCCAGAGCUUCCUGUCGGCCGUGGCCACCCCUAGUUCCUUCAAGAUCAAGCCAGUCCCUUCAAGGAUACCAUCCAUCUAUUUCGCCCUUGGUCGGCCCCUCUUCCUUUUUCCUUCCAUUUUCUCCAGCAUCAUUUUUUUCUCCAAGCUUUCCUGUCUUCUCAUGAUGUGGCCAAAGUACUUCAUCUUUGCCUCUAAUAGCCUUUCUUCCAGUGAGCAGUCUUAUUUAUUUAUUUACCACAUUUGUAGCCUGUCUUUCCGAACCCCAAGAGGGACUCAAGGCGGCUUACACAGGCACUUGUCCAGUACAUAUAAACACAUAUCCAACAUAUUAAAUUUUUUACAAAAUUAAAGUUAAACAAUAACAUUAAAACCUAAUAGUUGGGCAUUAUUUCCUGAAGUAUGGACUGGUUCGAUCUUCUUGCGGUCCAAGGCACUCUCAGGAUUUUCCUCCAGCACCACAGUUCAAAAGCAUCUAUCUUCCUUCGCUCAGCCUUCCUUAUGGUCCAGCUCUCACAUCCACCAGGUUACUACAGGGAAUAUUAUUGCUUUAAUUAUGCGAAUCUUCGUUGCCUGUGUGAUGUCUCUGCUCUUCACUAUUUUAUCGAGGUUUGCCAUUGCUCUCCUCCCAAGAAGUCUUCUGAUUUCCUGGCUGCAGCCUGCGUGUUCAGUAAUCUUUGCGGCUAGAAAUACAAAGUUUGUCACUGCCUCCAUGUUUCCUUCCUCUAUUUGCCAGUUAUCAAUCAGUCCGGUUGCCAUCAUCUUGGUUUUCUUGAGGUUUAGCUGCAGCCCGGUUUUUGCACUUUCUUCUUUCACCUUGGUGAUAAGGCUGUUCAGCUCUUCCUCGCUUUCAGCCAUCAAAGUGGUAUCAUUUGCAUGUCUAAGGUUGUUAAUAUUUCUUCCAGAAAUUUUAACUCCGGCCUUGGAUUUGUCAAGCCCCACAUGUCGCAUGAUGUGUUCUGCGUACAAGUUGAAUGGGUAUGGUGAGAGUAUACAGCCCUGCCACACUCCUUUCCCAAUCUUGAACCAGUCUGUUGUUCCGUGGUCUGUUCUUACUGUGGCCACUUGGUCAUUAUAGAGAUUCCUCAGGAGACAGACAAGGUGACUUGGUAUACCCAGACCACAAAGAACUUGCCACAAUUUAUUAUGAUCCACACAAAGGCUUUAGAAUAGUCAAUAAAACAGAAAUAGAUGUUUUUCUGGAACUCCCUGGCUUCCUCCAUUAUCCAGCGGAUAUUGGCAAUUUGGUCUCUGGUUCCUCUGCCUUUUCUGAACCCAGCUUGGACAUCUGGCAACUCUCGCUCCAUGUAUUGCUGGAGUCUGCCUUGCAGGAUCUUGAGCAUUAUCUUACUGGCAUGAGAAAUAAGUGCCACUGUAUGGAAGUUUGAGCAUUCUUUAGCUUUUAAGGUUUAGAAUUCUUUAGCAUUCUGGGGGUUGGUGCUCAUCUCCGUGUUGUCUGCAGAUGUCUCCAUUGGGAGAUUUGGGAGCUGCAUUAGUCUCCUAGCAGACUUGGGAGGGCUACAUUCACCCACACACAAAAUAAAAAAGGGUUUUAAGGCUGAAAUUGCCUUCAACCAGUCUCUAGGACAGGCAUGGGCAAACUCUGGCCCUCCAGGGGUUUGGAAUUCAACUCCCACAAUUCCUAACAGGCUAACUGGCUGUUAGGAAUUGUGGGAGUUGAAGUCCAAAACACCUGGAGGGCCAAGGUCUGCCCAUGCCCAUUUUCCAAAAUUAUUUCUUAAAGAAGGAAAUUAACCACAGUGAUUGCUUCAGCUUUACACAAGCUUUAAUUACAUACGGUUACAGACUCAAAAGUAAUUUUAUUUUUCUUUUCUUACAAUUGAAAUAAUGAGCACUGGUAACAACUGCUUUACGCACAUCCCAAACAGAGCAGCAAGGCGGAACAAAUGCUACAGCAUUUUGUCAAUUCAAAAAAAAUAAAUCCCCAAACAAAACAUUUAAACAAUGCCAUGGAAUGCUUGCUUCUAAAGAAUUUCAUAUGCGUCAGAAAAUGGAAGUGAAGACCAUGGUUCGUACAAAUAUCUCAAAAUUCCAAAUUUCCAAUGGAUAAAUUAAUAAAUUAAGAGACAUUACAACCA